CUGUCAGUGUUUGGAAUUCUCCAGCCGGCUCCUUGCCAAGGACCAUCUUGGGUAAACAAACGUCUCGGAGAGUUCUCACAGCUUGAUGGCUACUUAUGGAUGGAAACUUGACCACAUGACGUGACACUGGAUCUCAGCUGGCAGUGUGUUGCUUGCAGUGAAGCUUGGUGCCUGGAGCAGAGUCUAGCUCUUUCCCCCUCCCUGGUGGCUCCUUAUGCUGGAUCUCGGCUGUACCUGGGGUCUUGCAGCAUGGAUGGUGUGGAUCUAAAGAGUCUCGUGUAUCAGCAUCAGCUUUCCCUGUUCCGUGACAGUGUUCUGUUCGUUUCCAUUUACAAAAGAACACCCUCCAUCCAGACACUCAGCCCUGUACACCUGCUGACUGUUUUUAAGCAACAAGCACACAGUGGGUGGUGGGAUGUCGGAAAAGCCCAACGACAAGAUGGUGAAGUUCCUGGCUCCCCUUUCCAAGAGCGGUAAUUGCAACGUAAACAACGGAUCUGGCUCGGACUCACUUGUUGGUGAAAAGAUGGUAGUGGAGGUGAGGCACCGCCACCACACAAUGGAGCGCGACCGUUGCACCGCCGAAUAUCGACCAUUCUUCCGCCGCAGCGUCAUCAGCGACUCCAACGCCACCGCCCUUGACCUCCCCUUACCCAAUACAAUCCCUGUCCUCGCGCCCCUUGUACCCCCCGUGCAAGAUGUUGUGCCCCGUCCCGCCGGUGCACCCCCCACCCCAAGACCUGCACCCCGUGUGACUGUGACGGAGGAAUCAGCUGAGAGCGAAGGAGGAGAAGUGAAGGUAGAUGUGUCUGUAGAGCAGAAGGCUGCCAUAGUACAAGAUAUCUGUGAUGGGGAAGCAGUGGUGGCUCAGCCAGCAAACAGUCUAGCUGCCCAACUGCCAAACCAAACGACAGAACCUGAUCCUGGGAGUGGGAGUGGGAGUGAGGUGAAGGGGGAGGAAGAGAAGGAGAAAGCCCGGGUGGAGGCUGAACAGAGAGAGGCCGAGAAGAAGGUGCAGGAUGACAUCGAGGAAGCAGAGACGAAAGCGGUGGGAACAUCGCCGGAUGGGCGUUUCCUGAAGUUUGACAUUGAGAUUGGACGUGGUUCCUUCAAGACGGUCUACAAGGGCCUGGACACAGAGACCACAGUGGAGGUGGCAUGGUGCGAGCUGCAGGACCGUAAGCUGUCCAAGUCGGAGCGCCAGCGGUUCAAGGAGGAGGCGGGCAUGCUGAAGGGGCUGCAGCACCCCAACAUCGUCCGCUUCUACGAAUCCUGGGAGGUCCCCGUUAAAGGCAGGAAGUGCAUUGUGCUGGUCACAGAACUCAUGACCUCAGGAACACUGAAAACGUAUCUGAAGCGUUUCAAGGUGAUGAAGAUUAAGGUUCUGAGGAGUUGGUGUAGGCAGAUCCUGAAGGGCCUUCACUUCCUCCACACCCGGGCCCCUCCCAUCAUCCACAGGGACCUGAAGUGUGACAACAUCUUCAUCACCGGCCCCACGGGCUCCGUCAAGAUAGGAGACCUGGGAUUGGCCACGCUCAAGAGGUCGUCUUUCGCCAAGAGUGUCAUAGGUACCCCUGAGUUCAUGGCGCCUGAGAUGUAUGAGGAGAAGUACGACGAGUCAGUGGAUGUGUAUGCCUUUGGGAUGUGCAUGCUGGAGAUGGCCACCUCAGAGUACCCAUACUCCGAGUGCCAGAACGCUGCACAGAUCUACCGCAGAGUCACCAGCGGGGUGAAGCCGGCCAGCUUCGACAAGGUGGCCAUCCCCGAGGUGAAGGAGAUCAUCGAGGGAUGCAUCCGACAGAACAAGGACGAGAGGUACUCGAUAAAGGACCUGCUGAACCAUGCCUUCUUCCAGGAGGAGACCGGGGUGCGUGUGGAGCUGGCUGAGGAGGACGACGGGGAGAUGGAGGCCAUCAAGCUGUGGCUGAGGAUAGAGGAUGUCAAGAAGCUGAAGGGGAAGUACAAGGACAACGAGGCCAUCGAGUUUUCCUUCGACCUCGGCAAGGACGUCCCCGAGGACGUGGCCCAGGAGAUGGUGGAGUCUGGCUACGUGUGUGAAGGGGACCAUAAGACCAUGGCUAAGGCCAUAAAGGACAGGGUUUCCCUCAUCAGCAGGAAGAGGGAGCAGAGGCAACAGGUGAGAGAGGAGCAGGAGAAGAGGAGGCUGGAGGAGGAGCAGGGCCAACAACGACAACAACAACACCUACUACUACUACAGCAGCAGGGACAUCCACAACCAGGGCUCCAGCCCAGCACAGAGGCCUCCCAGCCAGGCCAACAGGCUGCCCCCUAUACCCAGCAGCCACCCCAGGGAGUUCCCUACAUACCCCAGUCGACAGGGCAGCUCCCAGUCCCAGUAUCGACCCAGGUUCCAGCCCAGCCAGAGUCAGGGGUGCCAGAGGUGGGCCAGUACCCACAGCAGACUGAGACAGCCAAUCAAAUAACAGAUAGAGCUCAGAGUUCCUCCAUCCUUCCCGAGACGCACCUGGUUCAGCCGGUGAUGUCAUACAGCUCUCUGCCCAGUCAGCAGCCACAGCCACAGGCCCCAUACCCACAGGCCACACCCCCUGUCCAAACUGACCAAUCGCAGCAGCAGACCAUGGUGGUUCCUGCUGCCCAGACUGCCACUGUUGUCCCUGGGGCUCCACAACAGGUGCCCUCCCAGCAGGUGGCUUUGCCCCCCUCAUCUCAGCCCAUCCCUCCCGUGCACCUCCAGCAGCCACAGCCAGUGGGGAGCACUGUACCUCAGAGCUCAGCACUACCACCGCUCCAGCCUGGAGCCCAGCAAAUACAGUCAUGGGCCAAUGAACCGAGCCCAACUAUCCUAUCUCCUCCAAUCAACGCAGAACACCUCUACUUCCUCUAUCAGGCCGCAAACCUCUCUGUGCUGCAGGCCUCUGUGAGUGUAUCCAAGCCAGCGCCAGCAGAGCAGGCAGCAGGACAGACAGCGCUGGUGCCUCAGUCUGUGGAGAGUUGUCUGUCGGACGUGGCGUCAGGUUUGAGUGACGGCCAUGAGGGGGCAUCAGGCGGUAGACACGAAGGGCGCUCCAUGAUCAAGCGGCACCAGCAACACUCUGUACGCAGCCACUCUUGCCACGAGAAGACCGCCAAGGCCAAGCUCAUCGUCCUCAAUAUCUCCAACAUUGGAGACCGGGUAGCAGAGUGCCAGCUGGAGACCCACAACAGGAAGAUGGUCAAAUUUAAGUUUGACCUGGAUGGAGAUAAUCCUGAAGAGAUCGCAUGUAUCAUGGUCCUGAGUGAGUUUAUCCUGGAGAGCGAACGCAAGUCGUUCAUCGAGCAGGUCCGUGAGGUCAUCGAAAUGGCGGACGAUAAAGGAGAGGGCAUGAAGGAAGGCUACGCUCAACCACCCUUCACUCAGAUUGUCGUGGAUGACCCCUUACAGCAGCGUAACAUGCCCACUCCUCUGCCUGGUGUUGCAGCUCAGGUGGUCCACUCUGCAGGCCGGAGGUUCAUCGUCAGCCCUGUCCCAGAGUCCCGUCUGAGGGAGCAGUUAUUCGGCCCUCCCUUGGCUAACACCUCGUUUGGGGACGAGCCCCCUCCAGUGAGUCUGGGCCUGUCCCUGUCUGCCCCCUCAGGCCGCCUCCAGCAGGCCUUCACUGAGAUGAGGCAGACGCAUGGGGAGAGACAAGCCACCAUGGGCCACCCAGCCGAGCCAGACCCCAGCACAGUACCCUCCUCCCAGGCUAGCCUGCGGCCAGCCUCCCCUCCUUUCCACCCUCACCAGACCUUGGCUCCCCCAGGGGCUACAGCCCCCACCUCCUCCUCCACCCUGCCUCCUGUCUCUGUCAUCCCCUCUGGGUCCUCAUCUCUUCCCCCCUCCACAUGCCAAGUUGCAACUGGGAGGGUGUCUCCAACCACAGUUCCAGCCCCUCCACCUGCUACCAGUGAGCUAAUCCCACACCCCCAGCCUGGCUACCAAGCUGCCCCCUCCCAACCUACCCCUGCCCGAAUCACAUUCCCCCCUUCAGCUGCUCCCCAGCACCCCCAGGCCACCUCGGCCUCUUUCCCCCCAGCCUCUGACGCCCAGAUGGGCAGCAGCUCUGCCCCUCUCUCCCCUGUCUCUGGAGCUCCACCCAGUAACUCUGGGACUGUGACCAGCUCAGAGCAGCACCCUGCUCCUGUUCUUGUUCCGUCCUCUCAGCCUAUCCCUGUGUCCAUUCCUGUCACUCAGCCCACCUCCUCCCAGUCUCAGCCUAUCCUUACCUUUGUCCCUGUGGCACAGCCUGCAAUGGCCCCCACCCAACUUCCACCUUCUACCCUGCCCUCCCAACCAUCCCAGUCGCAGCCAGGGGACCCAGAUGGGGGAGAGUCCCAGUCCAAGGCCCCUGGUAUAGAUGACAUCCAUGCCCUGGAUAAAAAGCUGCGCUCACUCUUUAAGGACACAUCCUCCGUUGACACUGGCAACACUGAGACCACCUCUCCCCCCACGGGGACCAUCUCCCCUCCCCCCGGGGCGGCCCUGGUGCCCCCGUUAAACCUGUCCCUCACUUCAGGGGGACAGGGAGCCCCGGGCCCCACCUCCACCCCAGGACAGGGCAUCACACCAGCGGAAAAUACACAGAUCCCUCCAGAAAAGCAUGGCCAAGCCACUAGAGCACAGAUGUAUCCUGGUGGCUCCGAGCAGGCAGGCACCCCUACCACCGAGCAACUGCCUCCAUUCCCAGGACCAAACCAGUCCCAGCAGCCUCUUGGUAGUCUGGACGGCCAGCUGAGGAGAGCUCUGAGCCCAGAGACCAUUCCAGGGAGCAGUAGAGCCGCAACGCCCUCCACAGGGGUCGUCAAACUGGGACGCUUCCAGGUCUCUGUUACAGCAGAAGCUAGCGCCGGCAGCACUCCUGACCCCUCGAACAUCGCCUCCUCUUCCUCCCUCACACCCUCUUCGUCCUCCUCCUCUUCUUCCUCCCUUUCCAGCCCAGAGAACACCCUCCACCGCUCCUCCUCCCUCUCCAAAGGAGUCCGGAGAGGAGACUCCGUAGAUGGGCUCACUUCUGUCCCAACACAGCCCACCACCAUCGGACUCUUCCAGGUGACUGCCAGCCCCAACUCUGUCUCAAAAGUGGGCCGUUUCUCAGUGACGCCAGCUAUUGCCAAUACCACAGCUCCUUCGGGGUCUAGCUCCUGCCAUCAGAACGGCCCUUCCUCUUCGACAACCUCUGACCUCUGUAGCUCUGCCUCCGGCGUGAACAGCGGUUUGUUUCAUCAUUACAUGACCAGCGACAACGAGGAUGACUCUGGGCCUGAGGACGAGGCCUUUGAGAGGGAAGUCAGCCGCCUCCGAGAGAAACAUAUGAUAGAGAUCCAGACCCUCCACUCCCGUCAGAAGGAGGAAAUAAAUGCUCUGUUCACCAGGCUGGGUAAACCUCCUCCCUCAGCUGUCCUCUCCCCCGCUGUGGCCAUGGCCGGGGGCCGACGCAGGGCCAAGGCCAGAAAAUCAACCCGCAGCAGCGCCCAGCCCAGUCCCCUGCACUCAGGAGCCCCAGUCUCAGGCCAGAGCUCCCCAGCGUCCUCCCCUAAGCAGACUUCUCGCCCCACUGCAGGGGUCUCUGAGUCAGGCAGCCGGACCUCCCUCCAGAAUCUCAAACUCUCCCCCUCCUUGCCCAGCCUCAGCACCUCCACCAUGAGAGUGAGUGGGACCAGUUCAGACACUGGAGCGAACCCCAGCCAGUGCCAGCCGUCAGGCCCUAACAUAGCCCCGGCCCUAACACAGAGCCGCAAGGGCACAUUCACAGAUGACCUGCACCAGCUGGUUGACAUCUGGGCCCGAGACGCCAUCAGCCUCUCCCACGGCAAGAAAGGACCCAAGGGGACAGCCCAGGGACCCGGACACGACAUCCAUGUACAUAUCCCUCCACAAGCCAACAUGGGCCGGAAGUUUUCUGCCCCUGGCCACCUCUGCCCCACCCUCCCCUCCACCACCAACCCCUCCAACCCCAUCUGCCCACGUCAGGGCUCACUGGGCCCCCCUGCCCAGGGAUUCGGCUAUGGCCCAUCCCCCUACAGCGCCCCCCAGUGGGCAGGACCUACAGGACCCUGUCAGGUGGGUUUCCUGGCCUCUACCCAGCCGCUGACCCAGUACCAGCCCCGAGCCCCCUCCUCGGCCUCAGCCCCCCUUCAGCAGGCCUUCCAUGUGGGAGCCACCCAGAAACCUGUCAGCAACCCUGGAGGCCUCAACCUGAGGGCCACGUAGCCUGGACCUGGGUUAGUCAGGCUGGGCUGAGAGGGACUGAGGGCAGGGAGGAGGAGAGCUAUAGGACAACUACUAGCACUCUCUGAUGUUUUGUUCUGUUUCGAUUAUUGGUGAGGUGGAAGAAGAAUGUAGUGAGAACGAAGGAGAGGAGACUGUGGUUCAGUCCUGUCAGACGGAGGGAGAGUGCAGUACAUACCCACAGCACACCAAUCACACCUUCACCCUUAACAGGGCCCAGUCUUUUCUGCCAAUGGCUGUGGAAGCGGGCUGUGAUUGACAUUUGGGUUUGUCCAGUGAAAGCCAUUGACCCAAGGACACAAACGGCAAUGGCCAAAGACGUCUGUUGAAAGCACCAUUGCGAUGUCAUCAUUCCCUUGAAGGAGAGGAUAGGAACGGGGAGGGGGAAUGAAUCACUUCUUGACUGUAACUGGCCUUAAGCUUAACUAGGACAGAAUUAGCAGAUGGAGAGAAACCCUGCCAACAGACACACAUGCGCCUCCUAGCCCUACUGUCAUUGGCUGAGAUUCGGGGGUGUUGAAUUGUAUGGGAAGCUGUCUGGGCGAGAAACAGAUGAAUUGUGGGUAACAAGUUUGUAUAAAGAAAGUAGCGAGAGAUACAGUAUGUAGAGAAGGAAAGAAGAGGUGGAAUGAGAGAAAGAAAGUGUGAAUGGAAGUCGGUAAGGUUUUAGUGGAUAGUGUUUGGAUAGUGGUUACCCGUAUGAUCGCUGUACAGUAAGAUGCAAUAAUAGCAUUGUGAGGAAAGGAGUGUGUCCUUGGCCCCGUGUAACAGUGGCCUUAAACCCCUGUACACAUUGUCUUCGUAUAGAGAGAUAUUUCUUGUCCUAGGUUAUGAUUCCAUGGUAAUAUUUGACUCUAUCUGUCCCUCUGAGAUGGUGUGAUGUUAUGCCUGACGGGGGGUGUUAGUUUCUUAUUUGAGACCAUAACCUGUUAGUGUGAGCUAAAAGUAACGGACCUGUUUGUAGAUAGUGUUUAUCAAUACCUACUUCCUGUCGUGUCCAUGCUUUGGAGUUUGCCUGAAGUGACUGUAUCCAUGAGUGAUUUUGGUUUACUUCUUAGCGACUGGUUAGGCUUAUGAACUGAAACCUGUGUCAGUGGUUUCAGUUGUAGGCUUCAGCUACUGUGACCAUUUGGUUUGGGGUUUUAAACCUUAGCUACUGUGUCAGUUGUCUCACCUCACCACCUGGUGUACUGUAGUCAGACUGAUAAGCAAGGCUAUGGCCCUCAGUACAUUUCUGUUAGAAAGGUAUUACAUUCCUGAGGCAUAGGGUUCUCUGUAGAUAGUACUAGUACCGGUAUAUUAUUUAGCAGUGAACGGUGCAUGAUGUUCAGACACAGACCUCAAAGAAAUGUAAACUUUUCACAAAUUUAUCCAACCUUAUUUCCCGUUGUCAUAUUUUCAAAAUCAUGACAAAUUGUCCGGGGUUCCCUUUCUGUGGUUUAAUUCAUGUGUAUAUUUAAAUACAAAUACAAGAUGUUCUUUAUGGACCUGUAUUCAGCCAUCAGAUUUUGAUGUUUCACUGUAAUUAUUUAAGGUUGUUAAACAACGUAGUUAAAGGAAAGUAAAAGUGCAAUUGCAGGGUUAUUAUUAGUAUUGUACUCAGUAACACAGGAGAGUAGUCCUGUGCUUCUUCAGCUCUUAUCAUACACCACCCUGUAAUUUUCUGUUUUACUGUGUGUGUGUAUACAGUGAGGGAAAAAGUAUUUGAUCCCCUGCUGAUUUUGUACGUUUGCCCACUGA